ACGGUGCUAUCGCAGAAUUUUGGUAUACGGAGAUUUUGCUGCUUACAGCACCUUGACUUUUGAUGGAAGUGGCCCAGCCUCGAAAGAUCCCCGCAAAUCUGUUUCCAUGACUUAUCUUGCUGCACCCUCUAUAACACUGUAGUCUUUGUUUCUAUUUUCACAUUGAGACAAACCUGCCCAGAAUCUCACUUCGUGUCCCCUGCGGCUAUCCACCAUUGACAAAGAGAGAGCAGCAUGUUUGAAGUGCCUGAAGCAAAGAGGGUUCGAAGAGAAGAUCUGGACAAAUCAGAUGAUGGCGCAGAGAAUUGGAGUGACGAUGGCAUUUGUGAUGCCGAGUUGCGCGCAACACUGAAUGCGCAGAUCGCAAGAUCAUUGGGGCUGGAAAUCUUGGCAGAAUCGACCCCUGAAGUCGCGAUGAAGGACUGUUCUCUCACAGGAGGCAAAGAGUCUCGUGAUGACGAUAUUGGAGAUUCAGAGGCUAUUCCGGCUGCCGAGGAUGAUCAGGAAGAGGAAUUUGUUUUUCGACUUUUCAGCAAAGCCCCACCAAGUCAAAAGGUCGUGCUGGAGGAAGAUCCUGGACUAACAGGCGAUGGAACUUUCGUGAGCGGCCGGCCACUCACUUACUAUGUGGUUAAAAACAUCUCUGCAGAACGAAAGCAUGAGUAUACUGUAGCAGCAGUGAGUGGGGAUCAAGUGUUGGCAAGAUCACACGGCAGGGCUUGGGGCCUCGAGGUUCCUUGGAAGGUUACGAAACUCGCUAUCACUCGAAAAGCCAGGGCGAAUGAAAAACCAAAGGAUGAAGUGGCCCAAAGAAAACGACGACCAGGAAAGAAACAACGGAUAUCCUUAAGAAAACGAGCAAAGGAAAGGGAAGAGAGGAAAGCAGCCGAAGUCAAGAAAAUGGCCGAGAAAGAGGAGCAUGUAAAAGACAAGAAGAAGAGAAUGAAUCGCCUAAAGAAGCUACGAAAAAGGGCAAAGGCAAAAGGACAGAAACAAGUAUUGAAAGAAGGAGAUGGGGAUAAUGGCUCUCAUGCAGAUUCAUCAGGUUCUGAGUGAGCUGGAAUUUCCUGCAAGUCUUAAUGCUCAAUAUUCUAUUAAUUUUAUUUAGAGACCCUUAUAGAUAAAGAGAAGUAUUAUCUAAUACACUGUUUAAGUUUUUAAAAUA